ACUAUUUCGGAAAGCAGUGGCAAAUUGGAUUCUGAAUGUACAGGGCAGGUAGGCGUGUGCAUCCUUAACUUUGAUACGCUAAUGGCGCAAAUUCAACAAGAUCUGCUGGUUGAUUGGUCCGAACUUCAACAUGAUCUGCUUGUCUUGAUAGCUAGACGUCUAAAUUUGAUUGAAGACUAUCUAAGUUUUGGCACUGUUUGCAAAUCCUGGCACGUUGUUGUUGUGGCUACAAAAUGCAAUUUUAAUAGUGAUCUACCUAGAGUUCCAUGGCUGAUGUUAGCCGAAGAAGAUCAGGAGGAUGACAAAAGUUGCUGUCGAAAAUUCUUCAGCCUCUAUAACAGCAUGAUUUUGAAGAAGAGGAUUCCGAAAGCCACUGGAAAACGAUGUAUAGAGUCUAUGGGAUGGCUUAUCACAGUCGGAGAAGAUGACGGUGAAAUUAGUCUGCUACAUCCUUUCUCUGGUGUUGAGAUCGAAUUGCCGCAUCAAAAAGAUUAUCAUGACCACCACUGGAUGAGGACCUCUAUACGCAAGGCAGUUUUGUCAGCUAGUCCUUCUCAUACAUCUCACUACGUUCUCAUGGUUAUUGAGGUGAAGUUCCUUAGAUUUUGGAGAUCAGGAGAUUUGAGAUGGACCAAGAUUAAGUGGGAAGAAGGGACUCACUUUCCAUAUUCUGAUAUUGUGUAUUUUAAUGGCCACUUUUAUGCACUCGAUUUUACAGGCCGCAUCGUAGUUUGUGAUGUUACUGGCCCUGAACCGAUUAAAAGUCAUGUUGUAGCGCAGCUACCAUUCUAUCUUGGACAAAUUAGAGGUCAGACAUACAUCCUAGAAUCACUAGGAUCAUUAUUUGUAGUUGUGCGAAAUGGUUGUCAACUAAGACUCCCCAAAGAUGAUUUUGAUAGGAUACCACUGACCUUCAUCCAACAAGUUGAGAAUGAGGAAUACCUAACCUAUGGGACACUAGAAUUUAUAGUUUACCGGGUUGAUUUAGCUGCUGGCCAAGGGACCCAAACCAGGGAGUUGGGGGGGACAGCUUUUUUUCUGGGUGCUAGUGCUUCUCUUUCUGUCCAAGCUUCUCAAUUUCCAGGAAUUAAGCCCAAUCAUAUUUAUUUUACUGACGAUUUUUUAGAAUCAUACAUCUUCUAUGAAGAAGGAGGCGGCCUCGACAUGGGGGUCUUCAACUUAGCAGAUGGCAGUAUCCAGCCUCAUUAUGAGGGUGUUUCCCUUAGUCGUUUUUGUCCUCCAAUUUGGGUCACACCAACUCUCUCUUGAUCUUUAUUUACUCUAUUUGUCGUUGCUUUUUAUUUUUUGGCUGAUUGACUUAUUAAGUUAUUUUUUUG